AUGGCAAAUAUCAGUCUCACUGCUUAUGACCCAGAACAAGUUAGAUUGAUGGAAGAAAUGUGUAUUCUUGUUAAUGAAAAUGAUCAAAGAAUUGGGGCUGAUACAAAAAAGAAUUGUCAUCUUAUGGAAAACAUUAACAAAGGACUUCUUCAUAGAGCCUUUUCGGUUUUUCUUUUUAACUCGGAAAACAAAUUAUUAUUACAACAACGUUCUUAUGAUAAAAUUACCUUUCCCGGUCAAUGGACUAAUACUUGUUGCUCUCAUCCUUUGAAUAAUCCACUUGAAUUGGAAGAAAAUGAUCAAAUUGGUGUACGCCGUGCAGCACAAAGGAAACUGGAACAUGAAUUGGGCAUUAAACGAGAGCAGUUGCCUCUUGAAGAUUUUGUAUUUUUGACUAAAAUUCAUUAUUUGGCACCAUCUGAUGGAAUUUGGGGAGAACAUGAAGCAGAUGCUAAUCUUGAGACUAAUAAAAAUGAAGUUAAUGCUGUUGAAUAUAUAUCAAAGGAAGAUUUACAAAAAAAAUUUCAAAAUCCUGGUGAUUGGAAAUUUACUCCUUGGUUUAAAUUAAUCUGUGAAAAUUUUCUUUUUGAUUGGUGGGAAAAAUUGGAUAAUCUUGAAGAAAGUAAAGAUAUUCAUAGAAUCCAUAGAUUAUGA